AUGCAUAUUCGGCCCUCCACAGAUUGGACUCAAUAUGCAACUGCAAGCUUUAUUGAGAACUUUACGAUGCCCGCAACUUUUCUAGUGCUUGGUUAUUUGGAGUUUCUUCCACAAAUGCUGAAAACACCAUCACCAUGCCUACAAGAAGCGUUUCUUGCUAUUUCUACUUCGAAUCUCGCAAAUAUUUCACGUAUGAGGCAGCUUCAACGGGUAUCUCAGGUACACUAUGGGGAAGCGUUGCAACUUCUUGGCAGCGAAUUAAACCAUCCAUCGACUGCAACGGCAGAUGAAACAUUGACAGCUAUUGUUCUCCUUCAGAAACACGAGAUUAUCUCUGGCAUGAAAACCCCAUUGGCCAGCCCCCACGACGCAGCUGCAGCAGAAAUUGUACGUCAGCGAUGGGCCACGCAACCUUGCUCUAACAUCAAUGAUGGCCUCCACCGAACAGUGAAUGCCCAUAGCAUAAUUCGUGCCCUGUAUGAACCUUUUGACGAUGGAAACUCAAAUAUACAGAACGAUUAUGUUCCCAAUACCUCUUCACUCGGAUCAUCACUAUGGCCAUUGCUGUCCAAGGCAUCCAUGUCCCGGUUAAAGCUACAAGCAGCCGUAUCACAAAUCUCAAUUAGCAAGUGUCACCCGGGGACAAAUUUCGACGAAGCUUUACAAAGUGCUGUUGAUACCCACUCGCAACUGACCUCUUGGUCAAGCUCUGUGCCUUCAGGAUGGACGUUUGAUACUUUCACUCUACUACAGGACCAUGGCUCUGAUGAAGCCUGGUUUGCUUUAAAACAAAUACAUGCCUUUAAAAAUAUCCAGCUCGCGGCUCUAUGGAUGAUCUACUGGUGUGGCUGUAUUCACUUGGUACAGAGCCUAAUUGAAGGCUAUUACAUUUUCUGCACAGGAUAUGCCUGCCAGCCCGAUUACAAUGGACCUGUAAUGUCUGAGAGGAGCCUUCGCGACAGUCUUUCAACAUUUGUAGAUAAAAUCUGCUCAAGUGCUCCUUAUUUGCUGGGGGAUAUCGAUAACAAUGGCGAAGUAAAAAUUGGUGCCGAAUCGAAAGGCCUGGGAGCCUUUUUUCUGCUCCGAGGCCUCGGGACAGCAAAUUCCGUGGACAGUCUCUCAUUAUACCAGAGACAUUUAAUCCUUGAUUAUCUGGAUCGGAUUGGGUCGGCAUUCGGUAUCAAAUCUGCAUCUCAUGCAAGGACUCGCUGGCUGGCCAGCCAUCCUGCUGAGGCGGAGCUCUUAGAAACUUUAUAG